CAGAAGGCCUUGGGGGCAUGGCCUACUGUGACCUAUAAGCCUGGUUCUUCUGGGAGCUAUUAAUCUUCCCAUUUCUCAAUGGCCCCAGGCCUGGGAUGGUUGAGGACAGAAAAAGGAGCUAUUCUGUCCCCUCCCUCUCUCCUUUGGAAGGCUCAGAACAGGAAAUAAGCACUGGUGGGUGGGCUAGGGUUGUCCAGAGGAGUGGGUAUCCUGUCAGGGGACUUUGAUUGAGGCCCAGGUGGUGGGCUCCCAUCACCACUAUCCACACUGAAACUCACUAACUUCUCUCACAUGUUCAACACAUUCCGUUUUUAAGCAAUUGGCCAGGGUCCAUGUUCCCCUCCCUUUCCAGGACCCUGGAAGCCUGGCCUCCAGCUGGGCCAGAUGAAUGUGGUUUUCCCAUCCCCAGUCCCGUGACUCAGACCCUGUGGUGGGGCCAGCCCUCCCAUUGGCAGACAGAAGCACAGAUGGGGGUGGGGGGAGCAGAUAGUGACAUCACCACGGAGCUAUAAAAUUAAGAGACUCUCGACAAAACCGUGGCAGAAGAGCUUGAAGGCCCUUCAGACUGACCGCCGAUGCUGUCAUGAGAAUCCCCGUCACCUGAUCCACCUGAUUCCAGAAACACCCUGGCUCUUCCCAGACUGCUCGCUGGUACCAUGCUGAGUUCCACCUGUUUCCUGAAGUUUCUGACUGUUGUUUUGUUUUUACCCUGCCUGGCUUGGUCUCUCUCUUCAGAUGACUAUGAGGAAGAGGAGGGGGAAGAGGGAGAGAAGACUCCCCCUCCUGAGCUUGGCUUCUGUGAUUAUGACCAUUGUAGACAUCUGCAAGUGCCCUGCAAAGAACUCCAGGGCCUGAAUGGCUCAGCCUGCCUCUGCCCAGGUACCUCUAGUCCCAGCCAACCUCCAGACCCUCCCCGUCUUGGAGAAGUGCGAAUUUGGCCAGAAGAAGGUCGGGCAGCAGUCCACUGGUGUGCUCCUGCCUCCCCGGUGGACGAAUAUUGGCUUGAGCUCUGGGAAGGAGGUGACCCUGGCAGAACAGGCCCUCGUGUCCUGUUCAACAACACUGUCCGGAGGGCAGAAUUGGAAGGGCUGAAACCUGGAAGGACUUAUAUCCUCUGUGUGGUGGCCUCAAAUGAUGCUGGGGCAAGUCCUGUUCCAGAAGGAGGUGGAGAAGACUUUGAUGCAGAUGGGACGCCCCUCUUUGGACCCUGCCGCCAUCUUUCUGUUCCUCUCAGACUUCGCACCCUGGUACAUAUCGCAGUAGGGAUAGGGAUGGUCCUGAUCUCCAUCAGCUCUGCUGUCUUGCUAUGGCAUUUCUGUCCCUGGAAGCGCUGGGGUCACCAGCAGCCCAGAGGUGCUGCUGCUUUCAGAGCUGGGGAAGAACUGUAGUGGUGCUCACCAGGAGCUUAAGGACCAUGGACAGAGCGGCCUUAAGGAAGUGACCCUCACUCUAUUGACAGGGAGCUGCCUACAGGAAGGAAGGUCACUAGACCCCGUGCCCCAGCCUAGAGUUCCUCAAACUCCAGUGUACCUAACGUGGACCUGAGUCCUAUGGAAGGACAAAAGCUGCAAUCAGAGAGAGAUGGCCCCUUAAUGUGAGUGGGCUCCGGUCUUCAGAUUCAUCUUCCUGAAAGGAUAAUUUGCUUCUCUCAACUAGUCCUUGCUUCUUGCUGACUAAUAAUAAAAUAUAUCAUAAUAGA